AAAAUAUUUGUAGCCAACAGUGGAGGGUAUGUGGGCCUUUUGAUUUUCACGCGGGAACUCCAUGCUUGUUCGCAUCUUAGCUAUCUGGUUUCACUGAAAAUCUUCAGGUUCUCUACAAUGCGAGUUCCUUCUCACAACUAUUUUACGAGCGUACCCUGAUCUCAAGUCUAGCUAAUUUCCUGCUCUCCAAUUCUCUAAAAUGUAUAAAUUUGUUAAUUCAGCGGCAAAGCAGUUGUUCUGUGACUUAAUAUUUGAUUCAGCAAACAGAAAAUAAAUCUGAGACGAGGAGAGGAGCGGGUUACAAUGGCCAGGGGAGAUGUGGACCCUGAUAUUAGCUCACAAGUCAAUGUUUCUGCAGAGGAACGGGACAAGCUUGUUGCUGAAAUGAUGAGAUUCAUGCUUUUCAAAAAUCAUCAACACCCUGGUGUUCCUGUAAGGAGGGAAGAGCUAACGCAGAUUGUCACUAAGAACUAUCGUCAAAGAAAUCUUCCAAAUCUAGUAAUUAAUCAGGCUCAAAAGAAAUUUGCAAGUAUUUUUGGCUAUGAAAUGAAGGAACUACAGCGUUCUCGAUCUUCAAAGGACAAUCUAGCCCGUGGUAGUCAACAAAGCACAACUGAGGUCAAAUCAUAUGUUUUAAAAAGUAUGUUGAAAGAGGAGCUUCGAACCAGAUUUGUUGAGGACAAGGACAGUUCACAACUCCUUGGAUUGACUUUUGUUGUAGUUGGCAUUCUGCAACUCUCUGGAGGCAAAAUUCCAGAAGAAACAUUAUGGCAACACCUGAGGAGACUAGGGCUGGAUGAGCAUGAGGAAAGACAUCCUGUUUUUGGAAAUGUAAAACAGGCAAUAGAGACAAUAACCAAGCAGAGAUACAUACAAAGGGAAAGGCUCAGUGGUCCUGAAGGUGAUACGAUAGUAUAUGAGCUUGCUGAGAGAGCUCUUGAUGGGAUUGUCAGCGGAAAAGUUAAAGAAUCCAUAAUGCAGGUAAUUAAGAAGGAUAUUACUACCACGGAGGCUUUUGAAGAAGGAACAUGACAAAGGGUAUGGGAAACGAUAUUUGGCCUUUUACUGGUGCUAACAAAAUGAAGAUCUCAAUUUUAAAGGAUCAUACAGUUUUUCCUUGACAGAUUUGGGUCAGAUUGUCAUAAGGAGUACAUGUUUGUAUUGAUAUUUUAAGAUCUUUAGAUAUUAUUAUAUUGCAAGUGUUGUAAAAUUGCAAGGGCAAUGAUGUAUUGCUAUCUCGUACCAUGCACUCACAAACAACUUUCUCAUUAAAUUUAUUGAAUAUGCAACUCAGCAUAUCUAAUAUGUUCUAUUCAGUUCACUGAUAAUCUUGCAGGAGCUUGACACCUGUCUUUUUUCCUCAAACCACCAAGCCUAUGGACUUAUAUUCUUUGAACGGAUUUAAAGGCAAUUUAAAGAACUCCGAUUGAUUUAA